GAACAGCUUGUUCUAAUGUGUACGUUUUAAUCUAGUUUUGCAUAAGAAUAGUGGAACAGCUUUCUGGAUAAAUGUAAAAUAUACUGGAUAUAAAUGACAAAGACUAGUUACUUAGUAAGUCUAAUUUUCGCGGCGUUCCACACAAACAAUUGAGUACAGUUAGGAGCAAGUCUUUACAGGAAAUUUCCUUUGUCAGACAAAAGGAACCUGUUAGAUCAUGAUGAUGAUCAGAAUCAGACUUUUACAGUGCAGUUUGUAGACAGUCUCUCUCUCUCUCUCUUUAGUGAGUGCAUAAAAAUUGCAGCAUGGCAGUUGUUCUAAACAGGGUAACUGUACUACCAUGAAUGGGGAUGAAGAAAAGCUGUAACAGCUGUGUGAAAUAUACAUAUUAAAUUAUGAUACAGAUAUGGUUCACCAGAUGGUGAGUAAUCUGUAGGGCUGGAUUUUUAUUUUGUUCUGUCGACCUAGAAGUAAAUAAUGCAGUGACCAAAAUACUGAACGAAAUGUGGGAUUAGAGGUUAAGGAUUUAGAGUGCAGCACAUAUGAUUAAGGUCAGUACAAAAUCUAUUCUGUUUGUGCCUUCUGUUAAUAAUAACAUGGUUGUAAAAUUCUUGGGAUAUAGUAUACAUCCACAAGCACUGAUCUAGUAGAGGACCACAAACUGUUUUAAACAUUCCUUCAUAUGUAGACUUGAGGGCAAUUAUAGUAAAUGGUUCUAUUUAGUAAACUCACUUCAGUUUUUCAUUUGCCUUGAUCAUAGUGCUGAAGUUAAUGUGAAAAAAAAUGUAUGGAAGUUUACCACUGUUAUCAAUUUAGGAUAGUGUUCCAUAAGCCAGUGCUAAAAAGGAGCAGCAGCAACCAAUAAUUGUUUGUUUGCAUUACAUCUCAUUUUGAGAUUGUCUCCUGAUUUCUCAUAACCUGAGUAUUGUAAAUAACAUCAUGUUGUAGGACACUUUGAUCCUCAGCUAGUUUCACUUCUCCUGUAUAGUAGCCCAUUUGCGGCAGCCCGUAGGGGACUAGAAAUACUGCCCUUGAACUGUGCCUCAUACUAACAAUGACAAGUAGGUGGGACUGUGUCUGUCUGAUUGCUUGUGUUUGACGUGCAGAAUGGCAGCCAUGGAUAUGGAGACAACUAUCUGGACAAAGGAAGAGAGGAUAGAUGACAUGCCCAAUUCGCCAGGCUCCAUGUUUCCUGAAGACCUAUUAAAUAUUGGAGAGCCCAGUCUUCAUGUAAAGAAAGAUCCAGGGCUGGAACUACAUAUGGGUGGCCGUGACUGUCACCUUGAUUUUGUUGAAUGUCCAUUGGGGCUCUCUUGCUCAACAGAUUUUACCAAGGAAGAUCCUGAAUUAAAUUUGGAAGCGGAUGGAACUGAGAAUAUAGUGGCAACCUCAACAAGAUAUGAAUCCAAUAGUAGAAGGCUGAUUCAAAAUAAUAGCGAGAGUUGUGGCAUUUCAUUUGAAGAAACUGUAAAUCAAGAAGUGGUGUACAAUGAGCUGGAGGUGUGUGCAGAGAAGUCGCCAGAUUUCACUAUGUCACCACCACCACCACCACCACCACCACCACCACCACCACACCUGUAUCAGCAGGUAGCCCAUGAUGUAACUUCACCCAAUGCAGAGCUGGUGACAUUUCCUUUGGUUUAG